GCACCUUUUCAGAAUCAAGAUGAGAAAUAAGUGCCAGCUCUUCCCCACCAAAAAAGAAGAAAAAAAAUUUAUCGUCGUCUGAUGUUUCGUGAUAAACAAAUUUCAAAUUUUGAUAAGCAAGCUGGUGGGACACGGGCUCACCGCCUUGGCAGAAAAUCAACAAGCAAUUUCCGCCAGGUUCCAGGCCAUCCCGCUCCAACAUUGGAAUCGCAUGAAAUCAAACCACACCCCUACAGCAUCCGCAUCACGCCGCUAAUCCCUUUAAAACACGGGCUUUUUUCAUUUAACUAAACAUUUUGACCCUCAGCAGCGUGUGAGCUUUCACAAUGCAUUCCCACCUCCACACCAAAGAUAACAUAAAUUGCGAAGAAAUCAUGAACGCCCUGGACGAAUGCCAUGCCCGGGGUUUUCUCUACAAGGCCGUUGGAGGUUGCAACGAGGUUAAGCGCGAAGUCAACCGGUGUCUCGGCGCAGAACGAUUCAAGCGAGCGAAGAAAAACCGUGACACGGCACGGGAAAACCGGUCGAGGAUCGAGCAGAUCUGGAAAGAUCGGGGAGAAUAGAGUCGAAAAUAUUCUUGAGGCGAUGCUAUGCUCCAACGCACAUGGUACUUUCUGAUGACAUUGUAUUUCUGCCGGUCGGUGUAUGACAUCUUGGGUUUACUCUUUUGAUUCAACUCUUUGUUAUUUUUUUACGGGGCAUACAGGCAUGGAGAGAGGAUGCACAAUGCAGGAUUUACAGCGGAUAUA